AUGGAUAUGAACUGUGCCGAGGGCUGUGAUUGUCUCCCUAUCACAAACAAGUUCGGCCCUGAGUCAGAGCAGUACCCUGUCACUUUGGACGGAAAUAACGUUUCUUAUGUUUGCAAACUCAUCUCAGGAGAAGUUUGGACUGUAAUUCAGCGAAGAAUUAAUGGAGUGAUUGAUUUUCACAGUAAACUUUGGACAGAGUAUGAAGCGGGAUUUGGUUCCAACUCUAAUGAAUUUUGGAUAGGUUUGAAGGAGAUCCAUCGUUUAACCUCUGUGGGUUUAACUAAGAUCCGUAUCAACCUGGGAUUUGAAGACGGUUCUGAUGGCUAUGCUCAAUACAGCCAUUUUACAGUUGGGGGAACGGAUACAGACUACAUGUUAACGAUAUCAGGCUAUAGUGGCACUGCUGGUGACAUGAUGAUAACCACAGACUCGGACGUUAAUCUAAAUGGGAUGAAGUUUUCAACAAUCGAUCGCGACAAUGAUCACUACAGCAGCGGAAGUUGUGCUGCUUACUAUAAAGGAGCGUGGUGGUUCAAAUACUGCACAUUGUCAAAUCUGAAUGCAUUGUAUAAUGAUUUUAAUAAUUUUGCAUGGGGUCCA